UUUCGUUAUACCUACAGGCAGAACAAAUUUCAGUUGCCUUCGAAACUGGCAACGAGCCGGUCAUAUUUGGAGCUAAAAGAAAAUAUAAAUUUAAAGUGAAUUAACAAAAGUCCAGUGCCGUCGAAAUGUCGGCUCUGCGCUUGAUUCCUCGUUUCCUUCCGAGGAAUCUUGGCCAGAUGCCGAUAGUCGGACGGAGGUUUGCUAGCGGCGGAGAUGGUAUUCGUCUGAUGGUCGGCGAUCGCGAGAUGGUUGGCUAUGGAAUCAACGGUCGACCUAUAUACUUCGAUACUGCAGACUGUCCGUUUCCGGCCAUUCGCUUUCGCGAAGUAACACCGGAACUGUGCGCCAUCCGUGAAAAGGAGCUGGACGACUGGAAGAGUAUGUCGUUGGACGAUAAGAAGCAACUGUAUCGCCAUAGCUUCUGUCAAACCUUUGCCGAAUUCCAGCAUGUAUCGCCGGAGUGGAAGGUCUGUGUGGGCACCGCUUUGUGGUUCCUUGCACUCGGAAUCUGCAUAUCGAUGAUCUUGAAGGCCAAGAUGUAUCCAGAGUUGCCGGACACGUUCUCAGACGAUCGCCAGUCUGCCCAGCUACGACGUAUCAUCCAGCUGCAAAUGAACCCCAUCACCGGGCUGUCGUCCAAGUGGUGCUACCACGAGAACAAGUGGAAGUAAGAACACGAUUUGCCGUCUAUUAUGUACAGAAACGAAACACAUACAACUACUAUUAACACUCAUAUUCUACUAUAAACACACACACACUAUCAACAGCACCUUCGGUUGCCAAUCCACUCUUAAUUGCCAGUAUAAAAUACACUAUUCUUGUGAUUGUGCAAGAACCUUUUCUUGCUUGAAUCUUGUCUGACACUGAACAGAAAACUUGGUUGCCUGUAACUUGUAAUUUCUAACCUGUUUCCUCAAGCCAUUCGAGGAAAGGGUUAAAAACUAAACUAAUAUUUAACUAAACACAGAUUGCAUUAGCUCGCACUACACCUUAUUGCCAGCCAGUUAGCUAUUUCCUUUUAUCUUUGACGUAAACCAUUUAAAUAUGAUAAUGCAGAAAUUGGAAUCGAACACAUACACUAAGCGAUCACCCAUUCAAUGCAUAAUAACCAUAUAUAAAUGUAAAACACAAAUGUAUCAUGCAAAUAAAAAAUACAGAAAAAUGUA